UGUUUUUGUAGGUCCAUCUGGCAGGGAAGACUGUAGAUUUCCCCCACUGUUUCCCAGCUUUUGUUUUCUUUCCUGGAAACGGUGGGUGCAAAAGCUUCUCACAAAAACAGCUUAAGCCUAUGCAGUUUCGAUUUCAGUUUUCUAUCCCACCCCACAGCUAAAUGCAUGCAAUAUCCGGUUUGACUCUGAGGUUUAAGAAUAGAGCUUUCAGGAGGAAUCCUAACUGUGCUGAACCCGGGUAGCAGAGAAUCAUCCCCUGCAGGCAGGUUACCAUGACAUCUGGUGCCAACAUGAAGGCUCCGAUCUGUCUAGUGGAAAAUGAGAAUAAAGAGCUGAGGGUGAACCCCAAAGCAGUGAACAUUCUUGAGAGGAUCACUCAGCCUGUGGUGGUGGUGGCCAUCGUAGGACUGUACCGCACGGGAAAGUCCUACCUGAUGAACCGCUUGGCUGGACAGAAGCAUGGCUUCAAUCUGGGCACCACAGUUAGGUCGGAAACUAAGGGCAUCUGGAUGUGGUGUGUACCUCACCCCAGCAAGCCCAAAUACACACUCGUGCUUCUGGACACAGAGGGCUUAGGUGAUGUGGAGAAGGGUGACCCUAAGAACGACUCGUGGAUCUUCGCCCUGGCUGUGCUUCUGAGCAGUACCUUUGUCUACAACAGCAUGAGUACCAUCAACCACCAGGCCCUGGAGCAGCUGCACUAUGUCACGGAACUGACAGAGCUGAUCAGGGCAAAAUCCACUUUACGAUCUGAAGAAGUGGAUGACUCUGAUGAGUUUGUAAGUUUCUUUCCAGACUUUAUCUGGACUGUUCGAGAUUUCAUUCUGGAGCUGAAGUUAGACGGACAUGUCAUCACAGAAGACGAGUACCUGGAGAACGCUCUGAAGCUGAUUCCAGGCAGGAGUCUCAAAGCCCAAAAUUCUAACAUGCCUAGGGAAUGCAUCAGACACUUCUUUCCAAGACGGAAGUGUUUUGUCUUUGAUCGACCUACGAAAGAGAAAGACCUCUUAGUCCAUGUUGAGGAAAUUCCAGAGGACCAGUUGGAUCACAAUUUCCAAGUGCAAUCAAAAAUAUUCUGUUCUUACAUCUUCUCCAAUGCAAAGGCCAAGACCUUGAAAGAGGGAAUCAUUGUCAAUGGAAACCGACUGGCGACUCUGGUGACGACCUACGUGGGUGCUAUCAAUAGUGGAGCGGUGCCAUGUUUAGAGAACGCAGUGACGACUCUGGCCCAACGUGAGAACUCCAUAGCAGUGCAGAAGGCAGCUGACCACUACAGUGAGCAGAUGGCCCAGCGAGUGAGGCUCCCCACAGACACGCUCCAGGAGCUGCUGGAUGUGCAUGCAGCCUGUGAGAAGGAAGCCAUUGCUGUCUUCAUGGAGCACUCCUUCAAGGAUGAGAAUCAGCAAUUCCAGAAGAAUUUGGUGGUCACCAUAGAGGAAAAAAAGGAAGAUUUCUUGCAACAGAAUGAAGCAGCAUCUCUCAGUCACUGCCAGGCUGAACUGGACAAGCUCUCAGCGUCCUUGAGGGAGAGCAUCUCACGUGGGGCUUUCUCUGUCCCUGGGGGUCACCAUCUCUACCUAGAGGCCAGGAAGAAGGUUGAGCAGGACUAUGAGCGAGUGCCCAGGAAGGGAGUGAAGGCAAAUCAUGUCCUUCAGAACUUCCUACAGUCACAGAUUCCCAUAGAGGAUUCCAUUCUUCAGUCGGACAAAGCCCUCACUGAUGGCCAGAAGGCCAUGGAAGCUGAGCGGGUUCAGAAGGAGGCGGCUGAAAAGGAGCAGGAGCUACUAAGACAGAAGCAGAAGGAGCUGCAGCAGGUGAUGGAGGCUCAAGAGAGAAGCUACAAGGAAAAUAUGGCCCAGCUGCAUGAGAAGAUGGAGACAGAAAGGAAGAACAUUCUGAGAGAGCAAGAAGAGAGGCUGGCACACAAGUUGAAGAUCCAAGAAGACAUGCUUAAUGAGGGAUUUAAAAGGAAAUGCGAAGCAAUGGAUUCAGAGAUAAGCCAUCUGCAAAAAGAGAUUCAACAAAAUAAGGAUAAGAAUGGCUCAUUGGGUGCUCAACUCUUUGAUGGGUUUGGAAAUGUGUUAGUUUCAGUAUUGCCUGGUGCUGGUAAGUUAGUUGGUCUAGGGAUGAAAAUUUUAAGCAGCCAAAUGAAAUAGGCAAAGAAUUCUUGUUGGAAAACUGUAGGUAUGGGUCCCCCACCCCCCAAGUCCAUCUCAUAUUAAUUUCAUUCAUUAAGUUUCAAAACCCAAGGAUAUAGACCACUCUCCAUACACUGAUGGCAAAGCCCCAUUGCUGAAGACAACCUGUAUACAACUCAUUGAACAAUGGAGAACUCAAGCUGGUGUUCAUAGACCCUUCAUCCUACAUGCUAACGUCUUUGGCACAGAAAGAUACUCUGCAUGCUACCAAAGGAAAAACACAAAUGCCAAACCGGCAACAAACCCUUUGACCUAAAAUGGCAUCCUGCCUGCAAAAUAUGCAAAUGCAGUGGUGUCAUAAAGCUUGUGGAAGUGACCAACCAAUAUCUGAUUUGACUUAAGGGCAGCUUCACCGGAUGAAAACCACACCUGACACUGCCUGGGUGAUCAAGAACCUGAGAUCAGAUAGCCCAGGGAAACCCCAAGUAAAACCAAAUACAAUUGUUGUAUUAAAAAAAGAAGUAGCAAUAAAAUGACUCUUAUUGACACUC